AUUAGCAAAAUUAUUAUAAAAUUAAAAUAUUUGAGUUAAAACAUUAUUUUGUGUUAGAAAUAAAAAAUAUAAAGCCCCUUAAAUAAGUAUAUACAUAAAAAUGAUAAAUAUUAUUCCUCUUUAAAUAUAUAUCCAGUCUAACCCAGAUUUUUUCGGUUUAGAUCGGAUCAGAAACCCAAAAUGAAAAAUAAGUAAGACUCGAAGCCGGUCCGGUCCGGUUUAGAUCUGGACCGCCGAUCGAUCUCAUUUUGCACACCCCUAUAUGUGUAUGAUUUUGGUGGAUAGUGGGUGGGUAUAAGUAUGAAAAGUUCUACGGGAUAUGAGGCAUGUAUACCCAUCAUAGUUAUAUGUUGGUCAUGGUGAAUACUGGAUAGACAUGUUUUGUGGAUAGAAAUGAAUGGUUUUGUGGAUAGAAAUGAAUGGAACGGGCAUAUUACUAUUUACAUCCAUCGGUCAAUUUUACCAUCACACUCUAAUCAUGACUCUAAACUUUUAACCACUUAAUACAUUUACUUCACCUAUGUUGUUCUUACGCCUUCCAAACUCAUUCUUUCUCCUUACCAAACACUCCAUCACUUCUCCACCGACCCGAGUUUUUUCUACAACCCAAAACCACGCCAUGUCAACAACCACCGAAAAAAUAACCCCAUCAACCACUCGAGUCGGCUGGAUCGGAACCGGGAUUAUGGGCCGAUCCAUGUGCGCCCACAUCCUCAAAGCCGGCUACAAACUCACUGUCUUCAAUCGAACCAUCUCUAAAGCCCAAUCCCUAAUCGACCAAGGAGCCCACCUUGCUAACUCCCCUGCCGAAGUCGCUUCCCAAUCCGACGUCGUUUUCACCAUCGUCGGGUUCCCAUCUGAUGUUAAGUCCGUCACCGACGGUGUACUCUCUCUCCUACGACCAGGAGGAAUACUCGUGGACAUGACCACAUCUGAUCCCACCCUUGCCGUCGAAAUCGAAACUGCCGCCGCUGCUAAAUCAUGCUCCGCCGUUGAUGCCCCCGUAUCUGGUGGAUACCGUGGAGCCUGCAACGCCGCACUGUCCAUCUUCGCAGGUGGUGACCACGCAGUGGUAAACUCGCUAUCACCUCUGUUUUCUCUAUUGGGGAAAACCUACUAUAUGGGUGGGCCCGGGAAAGGGCAACACGCUAAAUUGGGGAACCAAAUCAUCAUAGCUUCAACAAUGGUGGGAGUAGUGGAAGGUAUGAUUUACGCGCAUAAGGCAAAACUUGAUUUAUCAUUGUUUCUGGAGGCGAUAUCAAAAGGAGCAGCUGGAUCAAAGAGUUUAGAAUUGCAUGGAGUGAGGAUAUUGAAAAGGGAUUUAGAAGCAGGGUUUUAUGUGGAUCAUUUUGUAAAGGAUUUAGGGAUUUGUUUAAAAGAGUGUGAAAAAAUGGGGAUAUGUUUACCUGGGUUAGGAUUAGCUCAUCAAUUGUAUCUAUCUUUGAAGGCACAUGGAGAAGGAGGUUUAGGUACUCAAGCUCUUGUUUUGGCACUUGAGAGGCUUAAUAAUCUUUCUAUAGCCUCCGACUCAACUUCUUAGUUGUUUUUCUUUGUAUAUUUUCAUUUUUAAAUUACUAAACUAUGUGUGAUAUAUAAAUGAAUCAUAACCUCAAACAAAAAAAAAAAAAAAAAAAAAAAAAAAAGAA